AUGCAAGAACAGGAACAGUCCAGACGUCCCGACACUACGCGCGACCAGAGACGCGAUGCCCAGCUAAUGCGCCGCCUGGGUUACACUCAGUCCGCAAUCAGUGCCGAGCUGGGCCUGUCACUGGGCCAGGUCCAAUAUGCCCUCUCGCAUACAGAGACGCCAAUCACUCGGCCCGGCAGGCCUAGCAAGCUGACGGAAGCGCAGAUCCAGGAGCUCAAGGUCUUUAUGGCGUCCAAGGACAAUGAGCACAUGCCCUACGGCAAGAUUGCGCAGGCUCUGGGCUGGGACGUGGGCGAGUACUGCAUCCGCCACACCUUGCGGAAACUGGGUUAUAAGAAACGCACUGCCGGCGGCCGUAGGAAAGUCGGAGCUGUCAAGACGCAACACAAGGCAUCCGAUAUGUCUGCAGAAUCUGCAGAUGAUGCAUCAGCUGCGUCGGAAAAGAACCCUGUCCGCGUCGACGGGGCUGACCUCGGCUCGAUCCGAACAGGGACGGACUCGUGA